AUGGUGGACGACUCAAUCUACUUGGGAGGUGAGUGGCAGUUCAACCACUUUUCAAAACUCACAUCUUUUCGGCCAGAUGCAGCUUUUGCUGAAAUCCAGCGGACUUCUCUCCCUGAGAAGUCACCACUCUCAUCUGAGACCUGCGUCGACCUCUGUGAUGAUUUGGCUCCUGUGGCAAGACAGCUUGCUCCCAAGGAGAAGCUUCCUCUGAGUAGCAGGAGACCUGCUGUGAUGGGGGCUGGGCUCCAGAAUAUGGGAAAUACCUGCUACGUGAACGCUUCCCUGUAGUGCCUGACAUACACACCGCCCCUUUCCAACUACAUGCUGUCCCGGGAGCACUCUCAAACGUGUCAUCGUCACAAGUGCUGCAUGCUCUGUUCCAUGAAAGCUCACAUAACACGGGCCCUCCACUGUCCUGGCCAUGUCAUCCAGCCCUCACAGGCAUUGGCUGCUGGCUUCCAUAGAGGCAAGCAGGAAGAUGACCAUGAAUUUCUCAUGUUCACUGUGGAUGCCAUGAAAAAGGCAUGCCUUCCCGGGCACAAGCAGGUAGAUCAUCACUCUAAGGACACCACCCUCAUCCACCAAAUAUUUGGAGGGUACUGGAGAUCUCAAAUCAAGUGUCUCCACUGCCACGGGAUUUCAGACACCUUUGACCCUUACCUGGACAUCGCCCUGGAUAUUCAGGCAGCUCAGAGUGUCAAGCAAGCUUUGGAACAGUUGGUGAAGCCCGAAGAACUCAAUGGAGAGAAUGCCUAUCAUUGUGGUCUUUGACUCCAGAAGGCGCCUGCCUCCAAGACGUUAACUUUACACACUUCUGCCAAGGUCCUCAUCCUUGUAUUGAAGAGAUUCUCCGAUGUCACAGGCAACAAACUUGCCAAGAAUGUGCAAUAUCCUGAGUGCCUUGACAUGCAUCCAUACAUGUCUCAGCAGAACACAGGACCUCUUGUCUAUGUCCUCUAUGCUGUGCUGGUCCACGCUGGGUGGAGUUGUCACAACGGACAUUACUUCUCUUAUGUCACUCAAGAAGGCCAGUGGUAUAAAAUGGAUGCUGCCAAGGUCACUGCCUCUGGCAUCACUUCUCCCCUGAGUCAAAAGGCCUAUGUCCUCUUUUACAUCCAGAAGAAUGAAUUUGGAAGACCCAGUUACAGUGUGUCCAUAGGCAGGGAACCAAGAGCUUUUUGCGCUGAAGACAAGUGA